AUGGGGAGUCAACAAUCAAAGAAGAUUUUCCCAGAGACAUUCUCCAUGAAAGCCAAAGCUUUUAUCCCUGCGGUUUCAUUGCUCUGUUUUUGGGUGCUGUUGGGUUUAGGGACAUCGAAAUUCUUGCAGAGUGAAAAUAAAGGUAGUGAGUUGAGGGGAUACAUAAGCUGGGAAGACUUGACAGUUGCGAAAAAUGUCGUAAGGGGAAGCCAAGAAUAUCUGACGCCCUCAAAGGCUGGAGAUGCGAGCAGAGUGAUCGUGGUAGAUAAGAAUGGAAGACGAGACUCUGUUACAAUUCAAGGAGCUGUUGAUAUGGUUCCUCAUAACAAUUCACAGAGAGUUAAAAUCUAUAUUCCUCCUGGGAUUUACAGGGAGAAGGUGAUUGUGCCGAUCACAAAACCGUACAUUUCGUUCAUAGGUAAUCAGAAGUACGUGGGAGCGACAGUCAUCAGUUGGAGCGAUAAAGCUUCAGACCGUUAUGCCAAUGGUACUGAAGUCGGCACUUUCAGAACAGCCACUGUUCGAGUAGACGCCGACUUCUUCUGCGCCACUGCCAUCACUUUCGAGAACACUAUAGUGGCAGUGCCGGGAGAGGAAGGGCAGCAAGCUGCGGCCUUGAGGAUAACAGGGGACAAAGCAAUGUUCUACAGAGUAAGUUUUGUGGGAUCACAAGACACUCUUAAUGAUGAAAGUGGAUCUCAUUACUUCUACAAAUGCCAUAUCGAAGGAACAGUUGACUUCAUCUUUGGCACCGGCAGGUCGCUGUACCAGAACUGUGAUAUCCGCUCAACCUCAAAGAAGUUUGGAAGCAUCGCGGCUCACCAUAGAGACCACGAGAAUGACGAUACUGGUUUCUCGUUUUUGAAUUGUAACAUCGGUGGAACAGGGAAGGUUGUCCUGGGAAGAGCUUGGGGAGCCUACUCGAGAAUUAUUUAUUCAAAAUGUUACAUAGAUGAUGUCAUCACUCCUGCUGGCUGGGAUGACUGGAAAGACACUGCCAGGCAAAGUAAGGUGCAAUUCGGAGAGUAUAAUUGCAGGGGAAAAGGAGCAGAGAGAAGGGGUCGAGUACCGUGGUCAAAGAGUCUUACUCGAGAUGAAGUAAAGCCUUUUCUUGGGAUAAAGUUCAUAUAUGGAGAUAAAUGGCUGAGACUCAACACUAAUAAAAUAAAUCACACAAUGGUCCAUUCAUUUAGCAGCUAA